CAUGUGACUUUAAACUCAUUAUUCUCUCUUUAGACUCAAUAAACGCUCUCUCUGUCUCGCAGAUCCUUCAAAAACUCUCCAAAUCUCUACUAUGUCCUCACCAGCUCCGGCGCCGCCACCGUCUGGUAACAACACUGCUCCUCCGCCGUCCAACACUGCCUCUCCUCCGCCGUCCAACACCACCUCUCCACCUCCUCCCACCGUCUCUGCCCCACCACCAAGUAACAACAGUUCCCCUCCUCCGCCUACCCCCUCCGCCCCUCCGUCGUCCAACACUGCCUCUCCUCCGCCGUCCAAUACCACCUCUCCGCCCGCAUCGCCCCCACCUCCGACAGGGAACGCGUCCCCCCCUCCACCAUCUACACAGGUUCCGUCUCCUCCGGUGUCCAGGAGUUCGCCGCCGCCUCCUGCUGCAAUUACGAGCUCUCCGCCACCGCCGACGAACAGCACCAGUGGGGCGUCGAGUUCGGGUUCGGGUGGAAUUUCGACAGGGGCUGUUGUUGGGAUUGCAAUUGGGGGAGUGGUGCUUCUUUUGGUUGUGGGUGUGCUGUUUAUUUGUUGCAAGAAGAAGAAGAAGAGAUAUGACAAUGAGGGGGCUUACUAUGUGCCACCACCACCACCUAAAGAUAACCGUUAUGGUGGUCAACAGCAACAGUGGCAACAUAAUGUUCCUCCACCUGCUGAUCAUCAUGUUGUUGCACCGGCGCCUAAGCCAUCUCCUCUGCCACAAUAUGGGGCACGUCCACCUCUCUCUCCAUCUUAUGCACCCACACCACCACAGCCUUUCAUAAGCAGCAGUGGUGGCUCUGGCUCGGGGUCUGAAGUUCCAUACCAAUCACCUUCACCUGGCAUUGGCUUAAGCUUCUCAAAGAGUACAUUUACAUAUGAGGAGUUGGCUAGGGCAACAGAUGGCUUCUCAGAUGCAAACCUCCUUGGACAAGGUGGUUUUGGCUAUGUGCAUAGAGGGGUUCUUCCAAAUGGAAAAGAAGUGGCGGUCAAACAGCUGAAAGCUGGAAGUGGUCAGGGGGAGCGUGAGUUUCAGGCAGAAGUUGAGAUUAUCAGCCGAGUGCAUCACAAGCAUCUUGUGUCAUUGGUUGGUUACUGCAUCACAGGUUCACAGAGAUUGCUUGUUUAUGAGUUUGUUCCUAAUAACACUCUGGAGUUUCACUUACAUGGAAAGGGACGACCUACCAUGGAUUGGCCAACCAGAUUGAGGAUUGCAUUGGGAUCUGCUAAAGGAUUAGCAUAUCUGCAUGAGGAUUGUCAUCCUAAGAUCAUUCAUCGUGACAUCAAGGCAGCAAAUAUACUUCUGGAUUUCAAGUUUGAAGCGAUGGUUGCAGAUUUUGGACUCGCAAAAUUAUCUUCUGAUGCUAAUACUCAUGUCUCUACCCGGGUCAUGGGAACUUUUGGGUAUCUGGCUCCAGAAUAUGCUUCAAGUGGAAAACUAACAGACAAAUCAGACGUUUUCUCCUUUGGUGUCAUGCUCUUGGAAUUAAUUACUGGACGACGGCCUGUUGACUCAAGUCAGUCUUUCAUGGAGGACAGUUUGGUAGACUGGGCAAGGCCUUUGCUUACACGAGCACUUGAAGAAGGAAACUUUGAUAGCUUGGUUGAUCCCAAGCUGCAAAAUAAUUACAAUCAAAACGAGAUGGCUCGCAUGGUUGCUUGUGCUGCUGCCUGUGUGCGCCAUUCAGCAAGACGACGUCCACGAAUGAGUCAGAUAGUUCGCGCCUUAGAAGGAGAUGUGUCUCUAUCUGAUCUCAAUGAAGGAAUUAGACCCGGUCACAGCACUGUCUACAGUUCACAUGGAAGCUCAGACUAUGACACUAGCCAAUACAAGGAAGACAUGAAAAAAUUUAGGAAGAUGGCGUUGGGCAGCCAAGAGUAUGGUGCCAGUAGCGAGUACAGUGAACCGACCAGUGAAUAUGGUUUGUAUCCUUCUGGAUCAAGUGGCGAAGGCCAAACCACUCGAGAAAUGGAGAUGGGAAAGAUGAAGAAGAAUAGUCAAGGUUUCAGUGGAAAUUCUUGAUAAUUUUAAUGUCUCAUUCCACUGUAAAGUUCCGGCCCCUUAAUUUUUUCACUUAUUUUUUUUUUCUCAUCUAUACAGUCAAUUGAAUAUCAAAUGAAGUGAAGAACACAAAGCAAUUCCUUUUAUUAAAAUUUUCCUAAUUUCAAAAUUGAUUGGUCAUAUUAUUUACUUGUAUCUAAUUACUAGUAGUUCUCAUGUAAAAGAAAAUAAUGAAAUGACUUUACAAUUA